AAUGUGCCCGCUUGCAUCCCUCUCUCCUCUUUCUUCACUUCCUGCAGUGGCAGUGUUGUACUGCUGUCUGUUCGGCUGGUAAACAUGGCUACUGCUGGAGCAGCUGGUGACGACCUGAGGAAAGAGCUCACAUGUGCAAUUUGUUUGGACUUCUUCAAAGACCCUGUUAUACUGAAAUGCGGGCACAAUUUCUGUCGGUUUUGCAUCUGCAUGCACUGGGAUGAAAAUGGCGGAGACUACGGAUAUCAGUGCCCUCAAUGCCGAGCGGUAUUCAACAAGAGGAGCGUCACUAAAAACUACCUGGUGCAGAACCUGGUAGCUAAACUGAACGAUUUGGAGUGUCUGGGUUCUUGUCCUACACCCGCUCAACCCGUUAAAGUAGAAGGAAAGUGUGACCAACAUGGAGAGGAGCUGAAAUUGUACUGCCAGACUGAUAAAAGGCCCAUCUGUGUGGUCUGCAGGGAAUCUAGAGCACACAGGCACCAUGAGGUAGCACCAGUGCCCGAAGUUGUGAAGGACAUGAAGAUGGAGUUGAAACUGAGGCUAAUGGAGCUUAACUGGCAGAAGUCUCAAUGUGUAAAAGUUAUAACUGCUGAUGAGCGCACCAGAAAUGAAGUGAGGUCGAAGAAACAGAGACUCAAGGAGAAGAUUGAGGCGGAUGUUGGUGCCUUAGUCCAAUUCUUGCUAGAUGAGAGAGACUCCCUGCUUGAGAGCCUGGAUGCGGAGGAAGUGGCCUCCAUGGCCGUCAUAGACGAGAACUUGAAGAUUGUGGAGACAGAAGUGGCAGCUGUGGACAAAGCUAUUGCUGAUAUCCACAGCCACAUCAGUGGGAAAACUAGCUUUGAGAGUCUUGCUGAGACAUUCCAUGAAUACAUCCAUUGCAAGCCAUUCACAUCUCUGGACACGGUUAAUUGUCCCACUGAAUUUACACACUUCUCAGGGCCCUUCCAGCUUAUCAUGUGGAAGAAGAUGAUGCACGUGCUGCAUACCAUGCCUCAGAACCUCACCUUAGACCCGGACACGGCUCACCCAAACCUGCUUAUCUCAGACUUUGACACCAAAGUGGAGGAGGGCCGUGUUCGUAACCAGGAACCAGAUAUGCCAGCCCGCUUCACCAGGUUCUGUGGUGUCCUUGCCACAGCCCAGUAUGCCAGUGGACAGCACUACUGGGAAGUGGAUGUGAAGGACAAAGGUGUGUGGUACCUGGGAGUCACCACUGAGUGCAGCAAUAGGAAGGGCUUCGUCAGCCUCACUCCCUCCGCAGGGUACUGGAGCCUGUCUCUGCAGGACCGGCUUUAUGCCAACGGAGAGGACGGGCGCAUCCCUGUCGCCGACUACUGGAACUCUCCCCGGGUCGGUGUGUACCUGGACUAUGACAAUGGGCGCCUUAGUUUCUAUGACGCUGUCACAAUGAAGAGAUUGUACAUGUUUGACACGUGCUUUGAAGAGCCUGUCUAUCCUUUCUUCAGCCCAGGAAAGAAUGAUCCGGGCAGCAGGUUGCAGAUAUGCCACUAUUAUUGAGAGAGCUGCUAGAAGUUUUUAAAUCUAAAGGGUUAACUCUGUAAGGCAGUGUAUUCAGAUUUGCAAGGUUUUCUCUCACAGAUCAAUCCUGAGUGACACGGUGAUGUUGACCCUUGGCGCAAUGUACGGUAUGCAUUUGAGCGGUUACUUGGUUGUUGGUCUUACUGAUGUUAGAAAAUAAGAAUUACACUGAGAAGAAUUACCAGGUGUCUACCAGGUGAAUUUGGUGUCUUACAACCUAGACACACACUGUAGGCUCAUACCCUUACUACUGUGGCUGGGGGGGUUAGGGAAGUGUGUUCUCUAAAUCAGUCUGUUGGGAUGCAGAUGCUCUCAUUGAUUAGAGCAGCUCUUCUCCUUAUAACAACCACUAUGCCAUACUAGUGUACAUGUACUCACAGGGGCAAAUUAUUUGCCAUGCAGAGUCAGUGCUGUUGCCUUGUUGGGUAGACCUUAAAGGAAAUAUGACAUCAUGGUCACAUUGAUAGUUGUUGACCAUUAAGAUCCCCUCAUUCAUUUUAGACUGAAGAACAGUCUGUUCAGUGCUGGUAGAUUUCAGAAUUAUUUGGGAGCUGAAAUUCCAGUACAAGGUCAGUUUCAGUCAGACAAUGAUUAGACUUUCACAAAGGAAUGGCUCGGGUUGCAUGUUUUGUUGACGUUAGUACAGAUAUUUGAUCAUAAAAUAACACUUUUUUAUAUUAAAUUCUGUACAAUUACCUUUUUGAAAUUGCAAAUCCCUCUGUAUAUUGCGCCGAGUCACAUUUUGCACCUUUUUUUUAAUGAAUUUUUUUCAGUCUGCCUAAAAACUGAGCAGGUAAAAGACAAAGCAACCAUCUUCAUAUAUAUUCUACAAGAAUUGAGCUUAACAGCUUAAUGCCCUCAUGUAGUCUCUUGACGGGUGAACCUGUAGAUGCGUUUUACUUUAAAGACAUUUCAUCAAGAGCCUGCUGGACUUGACUGAAAUCUAAAGCUAUGGAAUGCGGAAUGACAGUUUUAUUACAGUUUCAUGUUUUUUGUUUGCAUUUACACAUUCACCAAGAAUUUCCUUUUAUUAUAUUCCUUUUAAAUAGCUGUCUUUUAUAUUUUUAAUUGCUAGUUGUUAAGUUUGUCCUGGUGCUGCCAAUUGGUUCUGUCAUUUUUAAGUCCAUUAUCCAACUCUGUUCAGUGGGCUUUGUUUUUCAUCUGGACAUUCAUAAACCUAGAUUUUAAACAUUUGAUUAUUUGACACUGGUCAUUCCUCCAGACAAUUUUAAACCGCUCCUUUUUAAGUUAUGUUUACACGUCUAAGGUGUUAGGACUGCAUAACUUUGUACUUUUUAGCUUUGAGUAUUUGCUGGUACAUGGUUUGUCUAAGAUGCUAUACCUCAUUUAAUAGCUAUACAUUGCAUUGCUGAGUUUUGUCCAUGUAUUCAGCUUUGCAGUGUUUGAGCUGUGUCCUGAGUGUCACAAAUAAUCUCUGUAGUCCCUGUUUGUUGCCCUUUCACCUGCUAUAAAUCUGCUUAGUGUUUCUCAGACUUAACAAGAAUAAAACAGGACAAAUGAUUG